UAGGUUAAAUUAUUUACAAUUUGUGUUUGAAUUGGUCUCGUAGCUGUUGAGUUAUUUACAAAAGUAAUGCUCAUAAUUUUAUGUACACUUGCCAAUGUGAAUGCAACAUUAUAAUCUUGUUGGAGUUGUUUAUUGGUCUGGUUUAUAUUUUGUUAUUUUUAUAUGUUACUAAUGUUGUAAAGUACCAUGGCCAAGCUUCAAGUUGGAAUGGAUGUUGACAUCCAACGUACCAAUGGUCGCAUCCAUUCUGCUGUUAUAAGUAGCAUUGAUUAUGCCAAUAGAAGUGUAACUGUUGAAUGGUCGGAAUCGGAAGAAAUUAAGGGAAAAGAGAUUGAUUUUGAAUCUGUUUACCUUCUUAAUCCAAAUCUAAGUGAGGAUGUCCCCAAUCCAAGUAAAACGGUUGCUCCAAGAAGGGUAUUACCUCCCAGGCCAUCAGUGGCUGCUCUUAACUCAACCAAAGGAUCCUUAAGAGUUAGACAGACAUCUCGUCAAACUAUUAGUAAUGGAAAUGGCAUGAGCAUACCGGAGGCAUUACCAACAGUCUUGUCAUCAGCACCUUGUGGCAUCAAUCAAUCUCAGCAUAUGAAUCAAACAGUGGGACAAAAGUCGGCUGUCAUUCCAGCAGCUUCACGUCGUCGAUCAAAUGUCGUUAAAGAAGUUGAUCGUAUUAAAAAACAGAGAGAAGAAAGACGUUGUCGGCAGGCUGAACAGAAAGCAGAAAAAAUGGAAUUAAUGUCAGCUGUAGACCAAGGAAAUCCAAAUUGGGAAUUUUUGGGCAUGAUUCGUGAAUAUCGAUCUCAAAUUGAAUUUAAGCCACUCAAUAUGGGUGAUCCUGUCGAAAUUCAUCAAAUUUGUGUGGCUGUUCGUAAAAGACCGAUGAACAAAAAAGAAAUUUCCAAAAAAGAUAUUGAUGUGAUUACAGUGCCCUCAAAAGAUUUAAUUGUUGUUCAUGAGCCUAAACACAAAGUUGACUUAACAAGAUACCUGGAAAAUCAUAUGUUCCGAUUUGAUUAUGCAUUUGAUGAAACAGCAGACAAUGAAUUGAUUUAUAGAUAUACCGCCAAACCCCUUGUACAGACUAUUUUUGAAGGUGGAAUGGCAACAUGUUUUGCAUAUGGUCAAACUGGAAGUGGUAAAACACAUACUAUGGGUGGUGAUUUCCAUGGUAAAUCUCAAGAUUCAUCUAGAGGUAUAUACUACCUUGCUGCGCGAGAUGUAUUCAAGCUUGUAAAGUCACCGAAAUAUAGGAAUGAAGAUUUUGUAGUUUUUGCUAGUUUCUUUGAAAUUUACAGUGGAAAGGUUUUUGAUCUCCUUAAUGGUAAAGCAAAGCUUAGAGUUUUAGAGGACGCUAAAAACCAGAUUCAAGUUGUAGGUCUCCAGGAGAGAGCAGUUGAGACAGUAGAUGAUGUCUUGAAAUUGAUUCAAAUGGGCAACAAUAUUCGUACAUCCGGUGUCACAUCAGCUAAUAAUCAUUCUUCUAGAUCUCACGCUGUUUUCCAGAUUAUUUUGAAAAAAAGAAAUAAUAGACUCAGGGGAAAAUUUUCUCUAAUCGAUUUAGCUGGUAACGAAAGAGGUGCUGAUACAUCUUCAGCAAACCGCCAAACUCGAAUGGAAGGUGCAGAAAUCAAUAAAUCACUAUUAGCAUUGAAAGAGUGUAUUCGAGCACUGGGUAGAAAAGGAGCUCAUUUACCCUUCAGAGCCAGUAAAUUAACGCAAGUUCUUAGAGACUCUUUUAUUGGUGAAAAUUCAAGAACCUGUAUGAUUGCUAUGAUUUCUCCUGGUAUGCAAUCUUGUGAGCAUUCCUUGAAUACAUUGCGUUAUGCUGAUCGAGUCAAAGAGCUUGGAGCUGAGAAUCCGGAACCUAAAAACGCUGAAUAUGAUGAUGAUAUGUUAACUAGAAAUGGUGAUGAUUUAGCAUUGUUACACAAUUCCAAUGCAGACGAUUUACCCGAUGAUUUAUAUAAUUUUCAUGAAACUUUAUCACAUCUUCAAGAAAUGGAAGAUGAAAUACUCGAUAUUCAUAAAACAUUUGUUGACACUUUACCUCAAUGGACCUCCACUCAUUCACAAUUGCUAAAAAUGACGGCUGAAGUUGAUUAUGACGUUGAUUCUUAUGUUGCCCAACUGGAGGAUUCAUUAGAUGAACAUAUUGAUGUCUUAUCACGCUUUAAAGAUAAAGUGGCUGGAUUCCGAGGACAGUUGGCCGAAGAAGAGCUAAUGAGCAAACGGAUAGUUAAAUAAAUUUUUGAAACUCGCGAUUCUUUAGUUAAACUGUUUGUCAUUCAAUGUGCACAAAGAGGUUAAUCAUCCAAAGAUGGAAAACAAAAGCGAUGAAGGAAACACUCAAAGAAUAUCAACGAAAUUUAAAAGGAACCACAUUCUCCAAUUGACCAUAAAGGCCAAACACAAUUAAUACUUCAAUGAGCAAUAAUGAUGAUUAUUUUCUUCCUUAUUUUAUUUUUUGGGAUUCACCAUCAAUGGACACACCUAAUCAACCAUUACCGAGUUAUUGGUUUCCAACAGUUUGCUGUUAAAAAGAACAAAUUGUUUGAAGCAAAUCAAUUCAAUAUACUAGCCCUUUUCUGUCUGCUAUAAUAUUGGAAAUCAUUGUGAUUCUCCUGUUCGUUAUGUUAUGCAUUUCUUUCAUCGUACCUACCAUCAUCGUUACCAUUCAUCACUACCUUGAUCAAAUUUGUCUUGAGAUACUUAUUCAAUAAGCGACUGAGAACAAUGUCAAUGAAGAAAGCUGGUUAACAAUCAAAGUGCUUAAUAUUAAGAAUGCCUAAUGCAUUUACUUGGGGCUGUCAAUUUUACAACCUUACUCUGAAAGUAUCAUGAGAAUCUCAAGAAGCAGCUGAAACAAGCAUUAAAACUUACAUAUAUUUAUUUAUUUAUCUAAAAAUUAUUAACUUGUGCUGCUCAAUGAAGAUGUGAAGGAAAGCAAGUCAACCUCGCUCGGACUUUGUUAACGAAACAAUUUAAACAAUUCACAGUCAAGUUUGUUAUGAUAACUUUUGAUUGCCAUUAUCAAGUACGAACUGUCAACACCUUUAAUGAUGUAUUGGAUUCAAAAAAACAAACAAACAUGUUUCUUUCUCUCCCUUCUUCCACCCCAAUCUUUCAUAUUUUUAUCUUCAUCUUUUUUUUUCAACCAGAAAAAGAAGAAUUAAAUCAACUAAUCAGUAACCCACCAUCACCUUUCUGUGUCUUUUACUCUUUCCUAUCGUCCCUUCUUUAUACUGACUCUUAUGUUCAAUAAUAAACAUGACAAGGCAUUAAAUGCAGCCUCAAUCACAUUUUCAGAUUAGUAGUAAUUAAGUUGUUAUUUUCAGCCCAAAGCUGAAUUGUGAUCUUCAAUCAAAAGACAGUUAAAUCUGUCAAACAUUAUAAAACUAUUUGGUGGGAAUAACGAUUAUUGCGAUUGACUGCGACUUUUUUUGUCGGUUGUAAAAGUGCUGCAUUUACAUCAAGGCGUAACCACAAGUUGCAUUUGAAAGCCCUUCACCUUGGAAGCAACAUUUCACCGUUUGGUUUAUUGUUCCUCUUUAAUUCCUGAACCUUCUUGUGAUGCUGGUGAAGUCAAAUGAUUUUGGAUCAAUCAGAUUAACUAAUGUGAUAAACCACGUGUUUAAAUGACCAUCGUUAAAUGUCAUGCAUUUAAAUAGGUUGACCCAAAAAAAGAUGACCCAAAUUGAUGAAUUGGGCUUCAACAAUCAUCUUUGCAUAUGUCAGUGAAUGAGCAAAAUUUCAAUUACAAUGAUCAUCAAUGAUGUCCAUCAACCAACAGGAGCUGUUUUACUGAUUAACCUAUUAUAUUGCUUACAUUAAUGUGGUUUGCGGUUAUUAUUGGUAUUGAUAUUUUUUCACAUCCAAUCCUUUAUUCAAUGUAAACAAUAGUAAAGGUUUCCAAAAAAAGGUUGCGAGGAAAAUGUUCAACAUCAACCUGAUUGAUCUUUAAUCAUUUUAAAAGGUACAACUUUUCCUGUUGAAUUUGUAAAGUGCAAAACCAUGGAAACUGUUGAUCUUGAUCAACUUUCCUAUCAAUCAAAGCCAACUAAAAUAUUUCAUCUUAAAAAUGGAUUUAAUGUAUUCAUUAACUGUUCAACUGCCUGAAGGAAAUUUAAGGAAAAUCAAGGAAUCAAAGAAAGCCAAGGACCAAGAAAGAUAAAAUUCAAAUGAUUGACGAAUUCAUUAUCUCAUGGGAAAAGUAAAUCGGCCGGAAAUAUUGAAAAGUGAUCAAAAGCCAUGAUUGAAAUUUGACGCUAUAAUUAAAACUUGAGGCAAAUGCAUCUUUUUUCAAUUUAUACUGGUAUUGGAUUCAAGUAGAAAGCAAAAGGAAUACCAUUGAGCUGUUGUCUAGUUGCCUCGAUUCAUUCAGGAUUGAUUUGAUAAUUAAUGACUUUCAAAUGACAUGGAAAAGCAAAAUGACAAUUGGAAACGAUUAACAGUCAAUUAUAUUAAUAUGUGAAUCAAGGUGGUGAUACAGUGAGGGUGGACUAGAAAGACGAGAUAGAUAUGGAAAGGUGAACUUUCUUUGUCUCUUUCCAUCUCACCAGGAAUUGAAAAGCUGAUCCAUAACCAUGAGAGAUGAGGUUAAGUGAGAGAUCAGGUCAAUGAUCUUAAUUUUGUUGAUCGACUGAAAUGGUUAAAGACAAUGUUGAUUACUUGUUACGUGGGGUUGAUGCACGAUUCAUUCAUAUUUUUGGCCUGUUAAUACUGUAGAGUAUAAAGAUGAUUAUUGAA